AUGAAUCAGUACAAGCCAAUUUUCCUUGGAACUGUUGAUCCAAGUUCUCCAUUGGCUAAGUUGAAAAGAGCUGUCAACUCUCAAAAGUGUAUUAGAGCCGGUGGUAAACACAACGAUUUGGAAGAUGUGGGUAGAGACAGUUAUCACCACACCUUCUUUGAGAUGUUGGGUAAUUGGUCUUUUGGAGACUAUUUCAAGAAAGAGGCUAUUGGUUGGGGCUGGGAGUUGCUGACCAAAGUAUAUGGUUUAGACAGUGACCGUUUAUAUGUUACUUACUUUGGCGGUGAGAAGGAGGCUGGUUUAGAGCCUGAUCUAGAGGCCAAGCAACUUUGGUUAAAUAUUGGCGUUGCUGAAGACCAUAUUUUACCUGGAAGUUAUAAAGAUAAUUUCUGGGAGAUGGGAGAUCAGGGCCCAUGUGGACCUUGCUCUGAAAUUCACUACGACCGUAUUGGAGGCAGAAACGCAGCUCAUUUAGUGAACAUGGACGACCCAAAUGUCUUGGAAAUUUGGAAUAUCGUUUUCAUGCAGUACAACAGAGAACCUGAUAGCUCAUUAAGACCUCUACCUGCCAAGCAUAUUGAUACUGGUAUGGGAUUCGAGCGUCUGGUAUCUGUUCUGCAAGACAAAUCAUCCAACUACGAUACCGAUGUGUUUUUGCCUUUGUUCGCCAAGAUCCAAGAAUUGACUGGUGCUAGAGAUUACACUGGAAAGUUUGGCGCUGAGGAUAAGGAUGGUGUUGAUACUGCAUACAGAGUGGUUGCUGACCAUGUUCGUACCUUGACAUUUGCAUUGGCUGAUGGUGGUGUUCCAAAUAAUGAUGGCAGAGGUUAUGUUCUCCGACGUAUUCUGAGACGUGGAGCCCGAUAUGUUCGUAAGAAGUUUAAUGCUCCCAUUGGAACCUUCUUUUCUCGUUUGGCUCCCACUUUGAUCGAUCAAGUUGGCGAUAUGUUCCCUGAGUUGAAGAAGAACACUGAAGAUAUUUUCGAAAUCCUCAAUGAAGAAGAAGAGUCAUUCUCUAGAACUUUGGAUAGAGGUGAGAAGUUGUUUGAGCAAUAUGCCAGUCAAGCCCUUGCCAAUGGUCAAAAAUUCCUCAAUGGUAAGGAUGUUUGGAGACUUUACGAUACUUAUGGAUUCCCUGUUGAUCUCACUAGACUGAUGGCCGAAGAAGCCAACCUUGACAUUGAUGAAGCUGAGUUUGAGAAGGCCAGAUUAGAAUCCAAGGAAGCUUCAAAGGGUGGUAAGCACACAUCCGGCAAAGAGGAGCUUAUCAAAUUGGAUGUUCACGCUUUGGCUGAGCUUGAGAGUCGUAAAGCCGACGUUCCCGUCACUGACGAUUCUGCCAAGUAUGAACUUGGUGAUCUCCACGGUGCCAAGAUUACUGCUAUCUAUGCAGGAUCAGCUCACGGAUUCAAAAAGUCGACUGGUGAAUUGCCCUCCGACACUCAAGUGGGUAUUCUUCUCGACAAGACCAAUAUGUAUGCUGAGCAAGGUGGUCAAGAAUAUGAUACAGGUAAGAUUAUCAUUGACGGACAAUCUGAAUUCGAUGUUGAGAAUGUUCAAGUUUAUGCUGGCCAUGUUCUCCACACAGGUUAUAUCAAGUAUGGUGAAUUAAAGGUUGGAGAUUCUGUUAUUGUUGGAUAUGAUGAGCUUCGUAGAUGGCCCAUUCGUAACAACCAUACUGGAACUCACGUUCUCAAUUACGCACUCCGUGAAGUUCUCGGAGAUGGCGUGGACCAAAAGGGAUCCCUUGUUAGUCCCGAAAAGCUUCGUUUUGAUUUCUCUCACAAGGCUGCCGUAAGCCUCAAGGAAAUUGAGACUAUCGAAGAUAUCUCCAAUGCGUAUAUCAAGAAAAACUCUAGUGUAUAUGCUAAGGAUGUUGGUCUUUCUUUGGCUAAGGAGAUCAACGGUCUUCGUGCCGUCUUUGGUGAAACUUAUCCCGAUCCUGUCCGUGUUGUUAGUGUAGGCGUUCCAGUUGAAGAUCUUCUUGCGGAUCCCAAGAACGAGAAGUGGGCUAAGGUCUCUAUCGAAUUCUGCGGUGGUACUCACGUUGCCAAGACUGGUGAGAUCAAGGAACUGAUCAUUAUUGAAGAAAGUGGCAUUGCAAAGGGUAUUAGACGUAUUGUUGCAGUCACCGGAAAUACUGCCCACGAAGUUCAAAAGGUCGCUGCUGAUUUCGAUGCUCAGCUUACUCAUUUGGAUUCUCUUCCACUUGGUCCUGAAAAGGAGGCCAAGGCCAAGGCUUUGUCGGUUGAUUUGAAGCAAUUAUCGGUUGCGGUAAUUGCCAAGAAUGCACUUACUGAGAAGUUUACCAAGAUCCAAAAGAAGAUCACUGAUGAAGGAAAAGCCAAGCACAAAGCCGAGGCUAAGAAGGUUCUUGACACUGUUGUCAACCACUUUAAAGAAAACGAAGAGGCUAAACACUUAGUCGCCCGUAUUGAAGGUGUCACUGCCAACUCGAAGGCUCUUACUGAAACUAUCAACUACGUGAAGUCCAAACUUUCCGAUAAGUCGGUUUACCUUUUUGCCGCUGAUGACAAUGAGAACAAGGUCGCUCAUGGAUGUUAUGUUUCUGAGGAAGCUUCCAAGUCUGGUAUCGCUGCCACUGAUUUGGGAUCAUCUGCUGCCGGUAUUGUUGGUGGACGUAGUGGUGGUAAAGGUGCCACUGUCCAAGGAAGCGGCCUUCAUCCCUCAAAGAUCGCUGAAGCUGUAGAUGCUCUCGAAAAGGCUUUUAGAGAGAAGUUGUAA